ACGGACAGUCUCUACUUUUGCAAUUCUUCCUUUUUGAUUUUCAAAUAUUCAAGGGUGGUUAGCACAGUAUUGACAGAUAAGAAGUCAAGUAUUUUCCUUCCUCUAAUUAAAAGCUCACAAGAGUCUCACACCCCUACUUCAAAUCAAAACAUCAAAAUCAAAAGAGAGAAAGUACUAUUAAGUUCGAAGUGAAAAUGGAGAACUCGAGAAUUCCGACGGCGGAUCUUUCUCCAUUUUUGAGAAAAGAAGAUGAAGAUGAAGAUGGAAGGAAGAAGGCGAGUGAGAUUAUUGGAAAAGCAUGUUUGGAGUAUGGAUUCUUCCAGGUGGUGAACCAUGGGGUGCCUGUUGAGCUUAUGAAGAAAGCACUUUUGGUAUCUAAGGAGUUUUUUGGUUACCCUUUGGAAAGAAAGCUUGAGGCCAGCCCUCUUCCCGGCGCACCACUGCCGGCGGGAUAUGGCCGCCAGCCGGAGCAAUCUCCCGAUAAGAACGAGUUCCUUAUGAUGUUUCCACCUGAUUCAACCUUCAAUGUCUUCCCCACCAAUCCUCAAUCCUUUAGCGAAGUUGUAAAGGAGCUAUUCUCAUACUUUGUGAAGACGGCUUCAAUAGUAGAAAGUAUCAUAAACGACUGCUUGGGUCUUCCUCCAAACUUCCUCACUGAAUACAAUAACGACAGGAAGUGGGAUCUGAUGUCCGCAUUCAGAUACCCUCCUGCAACUGAGCUGGAAAACGUUGGACUUAGAGAGCAUAAGGAUGUUAACUGCAUUACUUUUGUGUUCCAAGAUGAAGUUGGAGGCCUCGAGCUCAAACGAGACGGCCGUUGGGUCCCGAUCACUCCCGAUCCCACCACCCUUGUUGUCAAUGUAGGAGAUGUCAUUCAGGUACUGAGCAACGAUAGGUGCAGGAGCGCGAGUCACAGGGUGGUGAGGCAGGCAUGCAAAGAGCGUCAUUCAUAUGCGUUCUUCUACAACAUUGGAGGAGACAAGUGGGUGGAGCCAUUGGCAGAGUUCACAAGGGAGAUUAAAGAGCCACCAAAAUACAGAGGCUUCAUCUACAAGGACUACCUUCAAUUAAGAAUGAGAAACAAAACCCAUCCUCCCUCUAAGCCUCAAGAUGUCAUCAAUAUAACUUAUUAUUCAACUUCCACCUGAUUAUCUCUCUUGAUCCCCAUAUAUUGUUCUUCCUCUUCAAACCCCAUCAAUAAUACAAUAAUCUUUAAUCAGUACGUAAUGUUUUGCUCUAUUAAUUGAA